GAAAGAAUUGGGAUGGGAGGAGGGGUAUGCACUAAUCACACUGUCCCUGUCCGGCUGUUCCUACACACAUGCUCACGAGCAGGAAAACAAAGAGCCGGAGAUGCGCGUGGAUUUACCGGAGAGGACAACAAAAGAGGAAAGACGAAAGUAACGUCUGAUCAAAUCCGCACGGAUAUGAAGUUCGCUCAGGAAUGUGGCGAUCUGUUGCUGUCAUUUUAAAGAAAUGUAUUAACAUGGAUGUCUGUGAAACUAUUAUGUGUUCAUGUGCACUGUGAGAGUUACCCCACGCGACUCAAAUGUUUUUGUUUUUAUGAGGAAAUUUACUCUGGACACAUUUCAUCAAUUCGCUUUUCAUAAUGGAUUAAGAAAGUGAGACACAUUUGGUUGAAGAUUGAAGGCACUGGGUGACCCUGCUUCCUGGCCUCAUAUUGGCCAGGUUGCUUUGGUUUAAAACAUCAAAACCAGUUAAGAUGUCUACUCAAGAGUCUCCACAUCUGCCUACGAAACCUGAGGUAAAACAAAGACCCCCUGUUCCCACCAAGCCCACCAAUAAUACCCCAGACACCUCAUCCGUGGAAGGAGCAGCCUUACAGAGCUCUGGGAAUGUCAAAAAUAUAGUCAACAAAUUCAGCCAGCCAGAGUCUAAGAUUCCAGCUGGAGAUACAGCGAAGAGCACCAGCAUAGAACGGAGACUACAAAGACCUCCUGCAAUUAAGCCCAGGCGCAAAACGAGAAGUUCGUCCCUCUCCAGCGCUGACAGGGCACCUCCUCUGCCUCCAAAGAGAAGGCAAAACAGUGGACAGAAAGACGAGGUGGACAGCCAAGAGAGACAAGAAGGAACAUCGAGUGCUGUCAAUGGAGGCCGAUCAGCUCCCGAUGGAAAAGAAGGCGGCAAACUGCGAGCAGAUCAGGAUUCUAGCCCUGUUCCAGAGCAUCAGUGUGAGAAGAACUGCGGCUGUGCGUGUCACCUGCAGAGGCCUGGCAUGAAGCUUGUGUGGGUGCCAAUAAGUGAGGAAGAUGAGGAUGAGGGUGAGGAUGAAGAGAUCGAAUUCAGUGACACGGAGGAUCCGAAUGAAAGAGCAGGAGAGGACGAGAACGAAGAAAUAAGGUCAAAUAAGGAAGCAGAGUCUUUAAGUGAGCCAUUACCUAAAGGUGAGAACAAGAACGAGGAACCGCAAAUUAAAAAAGACAAGUUUCUGGAGGCUCGUAACCUAAUAGAGCAGCAGCUGAGGAGGAAAUCAGACCCUGGACCUCCGACAUUGAUCGCCUCUGUUGUCACAUUUCCCCAGACUCCUCCAAACGUCUCCAAAGCCCAGUCUUUGGCGGUGCCGGAGGAGUCCAUUUAUGACAUUAGCCUGGAGGUGGUCACUCCACCUAGACCUCAAAAGGGGCCGGACACUGUAACAAGCAAGGACACCCCUCCAGCCGUUCCUCCCAGAAUGCCUUUAGAAAACAGGUGUCCGCCUCGCAUUAUUCAGCCUCUGCAGCCCUUCAACAAAUGCAGCCCACCUGGCAGUCCUCGACUACAAAGAACUCCGCCACCACCACCAGCCAAGACCUAUGAGAACGGAAGACGCCUCAGCAGUUAUUCUCUCAAGUCUAUAGAUGAAAAUGACAGUGAAGGGGCUGAUGGGGAAAAAUGUGGAUCCAAUGAGAACUCCAGGCCUCCACGAGUCAUCCCACGUCGCAAACAGUCUCUUGACUUGGAAGAUGGGAUGUCUGAGGAGCUGUAUCAGUUUUACACAGAAACAUUUAUACACAAGGAGAUCAGGAGGACAGUGUGUCGCAACAUCAGUAAGACCAGCUUAGACUUCCGGAUGGACACACAGCUCACAGCCAGCCCAGAAAAAGGAGAGAAAGGUUCCAAAUCCACUAACAUUCCAAUUCUAAAGCAGAGCAAUUUAUGGCGAGACCUGCCAGCGGUACGAGACAGUGGUGUCCUGCAAACCCUAAGCCCAGAGGAGUGCAAGUAUCAAGAGAGCAUGUUUGAGGUGAUUACAUCAGAAAUGUCAUAUUUGCGCUCUCUGCGUGUGUUAACGGAGCAUUUUAUGGAGUCAAGUGACUUGAAUGAAACUCUCAUUAUCAUGGACAAAAAAACCCUCUUCUCAAACAUCCUGCGCAUCCAAGAGGUCAGCGAGAGGUUUCUGAAGGACCUGGAGGAACGUCUAGAUGAGAGCAUUAACAUUUCUGACAUCUGUGAUAUCAUCCACUAUCAUUCCCAACAUCAUUUCCCUGCAUAUAUUGACUAUGUUCGAAAUCAGAUUUAUCAGGAAAAGACCUACAGUAAUCUAAUGCAAACUAACACUCAGUUUGCGAGCGUUAUCACACGACUGCAGGAGUCGCCCAAGUGUCAACGACUGCCCUUCAUGUCCUUCCUGUUGCUGCCCUUCCAGCGAAUCACACGCAUUAAAAUGCUCAUCGAGAACAUCCUGAAGAGAACGGCUGUUGGGGCGGAUAAGGAACAAACUGCAUCAAAAGCUCAUGACUCUGUGUCUAAGAUCAUUGAAGAAUGUAAUACUCAAGUUGGAAAAAUGAAGCAGAUGGAGGAACUGAUUCAGAUUAAUGGUAUUCUGGAGUUUGACAAAUUAAAGGCAGUGCCAAUUAUAUCUCAAACACGUUACUUGGAGAAACGAGGAGAGGUGCAGGAAAUAAACAGAGGAGGAACUUUCUUGAACCUCCGCACAAAAUUCAGCCUGGUCUACCUCUUUCUCUUCAACGAUCUGCUUGUCAUUGCAAGCAAGAAAAGUUCUGAGCGGUAUGUAGUGCUUGAUCAUGCGCAUCGCUCCCUGGUCCAAGUGAAGCCUUUUGGGGAGGACACAGCUGUCCCCAGCCUGGAGCACUGCUUCUGUCUGACCCUGCUGGAGAAUCACCAGGGACGCCUGAUGGAGAGAGUUAUGAAAGCUCCCACACAAUCUGACCUGCACAGGUGGUUGGCAGCAUUCCCGAAUCCCGAUGGCACCAGCAAUGAUCAAGAAGAAGUCAUAUAUGAAGACUGGGAUUGCCCUCAGGUGCAGUGUUUGCAGCAGUAUGUGGCAAACCAAUCUGAUGAAUUAAAUCUGGAGCCCACAGAGGUCAUCAACGUUGUGCGCAAAACCAACGAAGGAUGGUAUGAGGGGAUCCGUUUAUCCGAUGGACAGAAAGGCUGGUUUCCUGUAGCAAACGUACUGGAAAUCACCAAUGAGCAUGUUCGACGCCGCAACCUCCGAGAACGCUACCGUGUUAUCCAGGCUGCUGGCGUUGUUGCCAAGACUCGGACUAUUCCAUAGCCUAAGAGAACUGCAGAUUGUAAAUAGUCUUUUAAACUAUAGACUUUUGACUCUGUGCUCAAGUGUUUUGAUCUCCCUCAAACAACCUUUUUAUGAUCAGAAAUAUUCUAUUGGAAUUUUAAACAAAGAACAUGUCAAAAUCAGUGCUGUAUGGCUUGACUUUGUACAACACAAAAGCCACUUUGGCACUUGUUUAACUAAAUCUCAUUUACAGUA